ACGAGACCUCCACAAGACAACAUGAAAGCGUUCUUGGUACUAGCGGCCGUAGCGGCCCUCGGCUCGGCCAGACCCGAGGCGGGAUACAGCUAUAAUGCACCCAGUGGCGGCGGUGGUCACGGCGGCGGUGGUCACGGUGGAGGUGGUCACGGUGGUGGUGGCGGAUUCUCUUCUGGAGGAUUCUCAUCCAGCAGCUUCGGCAUUGGCGGCGGAUCAGGUGGAUUCUCCUCCGGUAGUUUCUCAUCCAGCGGCGGCGGCGGCUUCGGCGGUGGAUUCGGCGGCGGCUUCGGCGGCGGCUCUGGUUUCGGUGGCGGCGCUGCCAUCGUCCAGAAACACAUCUACGUUCAUGUCCCACCCCCAGAACCUGAAGAACACCGCCCUCAGGUGAUCGGUGGAGGCGGCGUUGCCCAGAAGCACUACAAGAUCAUCUUCAUUAAGGCCCCAGCUCCUCCCGCGCCUGUCGCGCCCAUCAUCCCUGCUCAGGCCCAAAACGAAGAAAAGACACUUGUCUAUGUCUUGGUCAAGAAGCCCGACGAACAACCCGACAUCACCAUCCCCACCGCUGCCCCUACUCAGCCUUCCAAACCCGAAGUUUACUUCAUCAAAUACAAGACCCAGAAGGACGCUGGUGGCUCUAUUGGAGGGGGUAUUGGUGGAGGACUCGGAGGAGGCCAUGGCGGUGGACUCGGAGGCGGCCUUGGUGGUGGACAUGGAGGCGGCAUUGGCGGUGGACAUGGAGGCGGCAUUGGCGGUGGGCAUGGAGGCAGCAUUGGCGGUGGACAUGGUGGUUCCUCCGGAGGCGUCAGCUCGUCCUACGGCCCCCCCGGCCAGUCCGGUCCCUACUGAGCGUUUGUUCUAUAAGCGCGCCCCCUUGUGAUACCAGCUCUGCCGGCGACAAACCUAGUUAUAAGUAGACAAAAAAUUACGGUGCCUAAAUGUAUUUAUGUAAAUAGUAAUUUUAAUGUAUAAUUUUAGUUGUAUUAUAAAAAUACUUUUUUUUGCAUAAAAAACGAUAAACCAACGAAUCAAACUCUCUUUGUUUU